UACACACACGCCGUCGGCCGCUGCUAGCGAACACGCACAGCACACGCCAUCUACGCACAGGCACAGCAACAGCAACCGCCUGCCGCUCAGUGCGUGCCAUGAAGCUGGAUGUCCCGGCGAGGCAGCAGAGCAGCCAGGACGCAGAGCAGAGCGGCAAGACAGUGGCCGCGGCCGUCCUCGGCACUGAGGCGUGGAGCCACCCGGAGCUCCCUCUCCUCCUCCGCGACGCCAGCACCGACGACGCCCUGGUGCCGCCGCUCAACUUCGCCAUGGUCGACGACGGCAUCUUCCGCUCGGGCCUCCCGGACGCCGCCAACUUCCGCUUCCUGCUCUCCCUCAACCUGCGCUCCAUCGUGUACCUGUGCCCGGAGCCGUACGCGGAGGAGAACGCGCGGUUCCUGCGCACGAACGGGAUCCGGCUUCACCAGUUCGCCGUCGAAGGGAGCAAGAGUGGUCCGACAGUGCUGGAUACCAUGUCGGCGCAGGAACCAUUCGUCCACAUCCCCGAAGAAACGAUCCGGGAGGCGCUCAAAGUUGUCCUUGACGUGAGAAACCAGCCGGUCCUCAUCCACUGCAAGAGAGGCAAGCACCGGACUGGCUGCGUCGUCGGAUGCCUGAGGAAGCUGCAGAAGUGGUGCCUGUCCUCCGUGUUCGACGAGUACCUGCACUUCGCGGCGGCGAAGGCGAGGACCACCGACCAGAGGUUCAUGGAGCUGUUCGACGCGUCGAGCCUGAUGCACCUGACGGCGGCCUCGCAGUACUGACCACUGACCAGAGCGGGGCGAGUGGUUCCCGAGCGGUCCCGAUCCUGCCACCAUGCCGCAUCAAGCAAGCCGUUUCCCCCUGCUGUUUCCGAAGCAACUCGGCAGAGAAUAAUGCUGGAACCAUGAGUGUGCUGUGUUGCGUGAGUGCUGUGGUUGCUUCGUGUUCAACUGGUUUCAGAUUCUGAACUGGCACGGCCUGCAUUCACUUGAAUC